AUGUCCUCCACAACAACCUACACCACCACGACUAGACACACGCUGUCGAGACGGACGGGUCGCGGGCUGGGCGGUAUCGCUACGGCAUCGACUCCCAACCUCAACCAGAUCUUUGCGACGCAGGGCUCGUCGUCUCAGCUGCCCUCGUCGCGUCUCGCGCCUCCCGCGCUGUCGCGCAAGGCCUCCUUCGCUGCCCUGACGCAGAAUUCUCUCGCCUCCAUCCCCGAUGAUUCCGAAGCCUACGCCUACAACUCGGUCCUGACUAGCGAAAAAAUGCCGGCCCCCUUCACCCCGGGUCGCCCCGGCCCCCCGGCCGACGACUUUAUUAACAUUGGCGACACGGUCGACGUGCCCGGAAACAUGCUGGGCACCGUCCGCUUCCUCGGCUCCGUACAGGGGCGCAAGGGCACCUUCGUCGGUGUCGAGCUGCAGCGCGAGUUUGCUGCACGCGGCAAGAACAGCGGCGACGUCGAUGGUGUCUUUUAUUUCACGACGUCGGUACCCGGCGCCGGGAUUUUCCUGCCCCUAUCCAAGGCCGUGAAGCGGGAAUCCCCCCCAGUGUCGGCUAGCACGUUUCCGCUCACGCCCACCGGUCCCGCGCCCGCCGGCGGCCUCAAGGUCGGAAACCAAAACUCAACAAACUACACACCUCCUACGCCAUCGCUACCAAAAUUCAGCCAGUCUGUCGGCCCUGGGCGCGCUGCGAGCCCCGUCGGUAGGAGGCCGCGCACUUCGCUACAACGCCCUGAUUCACCAGUCAGAAAGUUGCAAAUGACACCAGCCCCACGCCCCUCCAUCGCCACUCCAGGCCCCAAGGUCCCGACUAGGUUUGGAAGCCCAACUUCUAACAAGUUCGCCCAGAGCGUUCGUGGCACUGCUGGCGACCCAAGCAAGCGAGCGCCAUCAAAUGCACAAAAGGCCAGCGUUGGACCACGCAGUGCGUCUGCCCUGGGCAACACGUCAACGCCAAAUUUUACCGACGACGAGACGACGCCCGUCAGUAUUCAGAGGCCUAAGCCGAACGGCAGUGUUGGCUCGAUAUCCUCGUUUGCGCUAAAAACGCGCCCAGGGUCAAGAGCCGCCUCCCGGGCUGGCAACCAUGCAACCGACGAAGAGCUGGAAAGACUUCGAGCUCAGCUUGAAGACCGCAAUCGGCAGCUCCGAGACCAAGCCUCAACCCUCCAGGACAUGGAGAGCAGUCUCACAGAACUGCAAGGGCUGAUUGAGAACUCGGACGGGCCGCCGCAGGCUCAGCUGCGCCGCGGUAGCUCAGAAGACAGGGACAACAUGCAGCUCCGAGCUUUGCUAAGGGAGAAGAACGAGAAGAUAGCUAUGCUCACGGCCGAGUUUGACGCGCAUCGGGCCGACUUCCGGAGCACUAUUGAUACCUUGGAGAUGGCGAGCACAGAGACAGAGCGCGUGUACGAGAAGAGGAUUGAGGAGCUAACGCAAGAAGUCCAAGAGCUUCAGGACAGAACUGCCGACGUGGAUACGGUCGCGACACAGCUGAAGCAAUUGGAGGAGCUGGUGCAGGAACUCGAGGAGGGGCUGGAGGAUGCUAGGAGAGGCGAAGCCGAGGCCCGUGGCGAAGUCGAAUUCCUCCGUGGGGAAGUAGAACGCACACGCUCCGAGCUCCGCCGAGAACGCGAGAAGUCUCAAGCCACUAUGAAUGGUGCGAGCAUCCCGUCGAAUGGCGGCUCCAUGUCCAAGGAGUUGGAGCAGAAGGAGGACGAGAUCCGAGGCCUGAAAGCUAUCAUCCACUCGCUGAGCAGAGACUCGGUGCCUAACGACCAUCCGGAUAGGACUCCCACCCAGGGCGGCGGGUCGUUCCGCUCGCUUAAGGGCGAGUCGAUCGGAGACCGCCUCAGCCGCGAGAAGCUCGAGCGAGAAGUUGCUGACCUCCGCGCCGUUCUCGAAAACAAGUCAGGCCGCGAGGAGGAGCUUGAGCGCGAGCUUGAGAUGCUGCGGAGAGGUGGUGCGGGUUCGGGUGGGCCAGGACAUCGGGGCAGCGCCAUGACGAUCGGUAGCACCAAUGAGAGGAGCUCCUUCCGCGAUUCCCGGGGUACUGUGGUGCUUGCUCCGCGCAGCCCCGAGGCGGCGCACAAGGGUCUCGGCCUUAGGCACAGCCGGGGCCACACGCUUGACACGAUGGCCGAGAGCGACACGUACAGUACAGCAACCGAGAAUAGCACGCUCUGGUGCGAGAUCUGCGAGACGUCCGGCCACGACAUCCUUACCUGCACCAACAUGUUCGGCCCUGAGCAGACCCAAGCCAACGGCGCCGAGAAGACGGCCGCCCGCGACGGCCAUCCUCGGCCAGUUCUAGGCAGCCUCACGGUUCCCGGCGUACACGACGACAUUAAGCCUGCACCGCUAUCGCCCGUCAAGCCCAGAGCCCCGGUCUCGGCGCCAGCGCCCCCACUGGCGCCCGCAUUUGCACCGUCGAGCGUCCGGAUCAUUCCGAAUCCGAUGGACUCGGGCCCCGUGGCUGGCAAAGAGAGCGGCGUCGUCGAUGCUAGCAAGUGGUGUGCGCUGUGCGAGCGCGACGGUCACGAUAGCGUCGACUGCCCCUUUGAAGAUGCAUUCUAA